CAGUGAGUAAGUGAAGCGCCGUUCAAAGGCGCUUAGGCAGUGACAUCGGCGGCAGCGUUACUCAGGCUCCAUCGUCUGAUGUACACGUAAAGGGCUGUAGCGAGGUUUUUAAUAUAUAGUCAGUCUGUCAAAUACGACCUUUCCGUGUCCAGUUUUCAGGCGUAAAGGGGACGUUCUCCUGGCAGGGAUGCACCCUCAUGUUUUUUCCUCGGGAAUGUACUCGGAUGGUGGAUCUGUGUUCUUGACAACUGGCAUCGCAAGAGGCUGACUUUGACUGUUUACAGAAUUACUUAUUUCUAUAUAUUUUUACGCAUUGGCUGUUGUCGCACUGACUACUGGAGUGUGAUGAUCUUCUGUGGUCUUGAUGGCACUAUCUGGGAGGUGAAAAGAGAGAUUGACUUGGAGAGACAUUAGGAAGCAGUGUUGUGGAUCACGGACACCAGGGAAGAGGAUCUUCGGCGUAUAACGUUUGUAACACAACCUCUUCGACCUAAUCACACCAGCUGUAUCACCAGUCCAAAAGCUGGCGUUUUGGAGGAAAAACAAGGAAUCGCAAUUGAACGAGACUACAGCUCACUGAGUUCCGCUCCUCAAAAGACAGAAGACGCGAUUGAUUCAUUGAUAGCAUGGCUCCAUCCCCGAGGAAAUGCAGAUCGGAGAUGGUCGCGGUGUCGGGAUGCCUGCUUCUGUGUGUCGUGGUAUUUCGACCGGUUUUAUCAAGGGGUUGCAAUGACAACACCGGCCGCAACCUGGACAACAGCUGGUACACGAAAGACGGUGAAGAGUUGCCCAUCAUGGUCCUGAUGCCGAUGAAUGAAUCAGCGCGUAUGAGCAGCAUCAGUCAAGGGAUCGACCCCGCUGUCCAGCUUGCCAUUCAGCACAUACGAGAGUCCAGACUCUACUCCUUCUCAUUAAUCCCCAAAAUCUACGACACUGAGUGUGACAACGCCAAAGGGCUGAGGGCCUUCUUCGAUGCCAUCUGCUUUGGCCCCAAACACCUUAUGAUCUUCGGCGGCGUGUGCCCGACCGUGACAUCCGUCAUUGCAGAGUCCCUGGAGGGCUGGAACCUCGUGCAGCUCUCCUUUGCAGCAACAACCCCUGUCCUGGCAGACAAGAAGAAGUACCCCAACUUCUUCCGGACCGUCCCGUCGGACAACGCCGUCAACCCAGCCGUGGUGAAGUUCCUUAACUACUACAACUGGAGUCGGGUGGGGACUCUGACACAGGAUGUGCAGAGGUUUUCUGAGGUGCGGAAUGACCUGACCAACGAGCUGGAGAAGGCUGACAUCCAGAUCGCCGACACCGAGAGCUUCUCCGACGACCCCUGUGUCAAUGUGAAGAAGCUGAAGGACAACGAUGUGAGGAUCAUCAUCGGGCAGUUUGACGACAAAUUGGCUUCCAAAGUCUUCUGCUGCGCGUACAACCUGAACAUGUUCGGUAGUAAGUACCAGUGGAUCAUCCCUGGAUGGUACCAAGGAAACUGGUGGGAACAAGCUAAUUCCACCAACUGCACGACCAAGAAGCUGCUGACCGCCAUGGAGGGCUACAUCAGUGUGGACUUCGAGCCCCUCAGUGCUAAGCAAAUUCAGGGGAUCUCUGGAAGGACCCCAGAAGAGUAUGAGAGGGAGUACAACAUUCGACGGCUGCAGAAGGGAGUGGAGUCCAGCAAAUUCCACGGAUUUGCUUACGACGGCAUUUGGGUCAUAGCGAAGACCUUGACUCGCGUCAUGGAGAGACUGAGAGAGAAGGAGCAAAGGAACAUUUACCAGAACUUUACGAUCGAUGACAAGGAAGUGGGCAGGAUGGUGCUGGAUGUCAUGAACGAGACCAACUUCUUUGGUGUAACGGGCCAAGUCAUGUUCCGGAACGGAGAGCGGAUGGGAACGAUCAAGUUCACGCAGUUCCAAGAGGGCCAGGAGGUGAAGGUGGGGGAGUAUAACGCCAUCGAGGACGUGCUGGACCUCAUCAACAACACCAUCAGGUUUCAAGGGGUGGAGCCUCCCAAAGACCGGACGUUCGUCCGUCUCCAGCGGCGACACAUCAACGUGCCGCUGUAUAGCAUCCUGUCCACCAUCACCAUCUUGGGCAUGCUCAUGGCCGGCGCCUUCCUCUUUUUCAACAUCAAGAACCGUAACCACAGGCUAAUCAAGAUGUCCAGCCCGUAUAUGAACAACCUGAUUAUCCUCGGAGGAAUGCUGUCCUACGCCUCGAUAUUCCUCUUCGGCCUUGACGGCUCCUUCGUCUCGGACAAAGAAUUCGAAACCCUCUGCACGGUCCGCACCUGGAUUCUCAUAGUGGGGUACACCACAGCGUUUGGAGCCAUGUUUGCGAAGACAUGGAGAGUGCACGCCAUCUUUAAGAAUGUGAAGAUGAAGAAGAAGAUCAUCAAGGACCAGAAGCUGCUGAUUAUUGUGGGCGGGAUGCUGCUCAUCGAUCUCUGCAUCCUAAUCUGCUGGCAGAUUGUGGACCCCCUGAAGAGGACGGUCGAGGAAUACAGCCUGGAGGCAGACCCACAGGGACGAGACAUUGCCAUCCGGCCCUUCCUGGAGCACUGUGAGAACACGCACAUGACCAUUUGGCUGGGCAUCGUUUAUGCCUACAAAGGCCUUCUGAUGCUGUUUGGUUGUUUUCUGGCCUGGGAGACCCGGAAUGUGAGCAUCCCGGCGCUGAACGACAGCAAGUACAUCGGCAUGAGUGUCUACAACGUGGGGAUCAUGUGCAUUAUCGGAGCCGCCGUGUCUUUCCUGACGCGCGACCAACCCAAUGUGCAGUUCUGCAUUGUGGCCCUGGUCAUCAUCUUCUGCAGCACCAUCACCCUGUGCUUGGUGUUCGUGCCCAAGUUGAUCACCAUGAGGACGAACCCGGACGCGGCCACACAGAACCGGAGGCUGAAGUUCACCCAGAACCAGAAGAAGGAGGACUCCAAGACAUCCACCUCGGUGACCAGUGUCAACCAGGCCAACACCUCCCGGCUGGAUGGCCUGCAGACUGACAACCAUCGGCUCAGAAUGCGGAUAACGGAGCUUGACAAGGAGCUGGAGGAGGUGACGAUGCAGCUGCAGGACACGCCGGAGAAGACGCCCUACAUCAAACAGAACCAGUACCAGGACCUCAACAACAUCCUCAGCAUACGCAGCAUCAAAGAGGGGGACAGAUCCAGCUUAAAGAACUACCUUGAGCAGAAGCCUCAAGCCCAGUGGGGCUCAGUGGAUCCUUCCAGAAUAAACCGGGGUCCCCUAGAGGACAUCAACUCACCAGAACACAUACAGAGGCGACUGUCCUUGCAGCUGCCCAUCCUCCAUCAUGCCUACUUGCCCUCCAUAGGGGGGGUGGACGCCAGCUGUGCCAGCCCGACGGGCAGCCCCGGCUCAAGCCCCCGGCACAGACACAUGCCGCCCUCCUACCGGGUCAUGGUCUCGGGCCUGUGAGGUCAUGCCAGGCAGCGGCCAUUCGUAGGCGAGCCCCUUCAAUAUUCCAGUCGGACUGAUUGUAGUCAGCGAACAGCGGGACUGCGUGUGGGACCCAGUGCGCACCUCCAAACACGUGCCCUACCCUGCCCCCCCCCUCCCUGUACACACAUCCCCACCCAUCAUGGGAGGUCCUGAUACACAACCCCCCCCAUCCCCCACCCCCUAAUAAACUAACAAACUGCAGAAGUGGGAUACGACACUCUAAAGGGGAUGCGAACCUGGGGGGUCGCCCAUGUCCCACAAAUAUCAGUUCACGUGUCACUUUGCCAAACUCGAGUAUUCCACUGCGACGCCUGGGUUCCGUCUCGGCCACCGGAGGCGCUGUUCUUAACACCUGAACCGGGAGCCGUACAAGCGACCAUAACAAACGUGUAAAUAACCAUACAUUCUGGCUUCGGGUGUGCGAAUCUGCAUCAUUUGGGCAGAGGGGCAGGGGGGUGGGGUGG